UUUCCAGUCGCCUCUGUGCUCUCUCGACAGGCAAAUGCACGGAUUGCCAAUGGGCUCGCGCCCAAAAGCCCCGUCUCGAUCCGGGUUGGCCAGUGGCGGUGAGUUCUGGUGCGGCCAGUGAUGAAAGACGGGGACUCGGUGGCAGUGAGUGAUGAGGACCAAGACGUUCAUCCUCCUCCUGACGUGCUUUGUUAUCACAAGCUCCAUCCUGAUUCUCUUCAGCAAUCAGCGGCCGACGAUUCAGAACAUCGUGUCGGAGACGCACAAGCAACUCAAUAACCUCAAGACUCUCAAAGAGAACCUACAGGAUGUCCUUCAGGAGCAGCUCACCGCCGAUCCGGAAGUGUUGGAGCUGCUCGGAUUCGUGAAGCAUCCCAGGAUUUACCCAAACGAUUCAUGGACGAAUAUCACGUUACCUCCGAUUGUAACCGCCGCUUCUUCGGGUGAAGGUAUAAAAGCCUUGGGAUUUGUGAAGAAUGUUCAUCAUUUUGUGCCUGGAUACCACAUCCUUCUGUACGACCUCGGCUUGGGGAGGUCAGAAAGUGAAACUUUGCUGGAAGUGUGCAACGGCACCCGGAAGUCUAGUCACUGUUCCAUUGUCAAGUUUCCGUAUAAGCAGUUCCCGAGUCACGUGAAGACACUGAAGUUUCAUACAUUCCGUCCUCUCAUCAUACAGCAAGUGCUAAAUGACGUGGGGGCCAUUCUCUGGAUGGACGUGGACUAUCGGCUCGUGACCGACCACCUUGAACCGUUCGUGAAGAUCGCCAAGAAAGUCGGUCUGGUCGCCUGGGGCAACCUGUUGCCGACGUCCGCCGUGACGCACCCGAACAUGUUCCACUUCUUCCAGACGUCUCAAGAGCUUUUCUUCUUUCACCAUCUCGUCGAGACGUCCGUGCUCGUUCUCUUCAACAUCCAGCUGAUCCAUUCCCAGUUGAUGCUGCCUUGGGUGCAGUGCGCCCUCACGCCGGCGUGCAUCGCCCCGAUCGGGGCGCAGUCGUACGGGUGCCGCUUCGACAAGAAGCCGCAGUUCCGCUACUCGGGCUGCCACUGGUACGACGCCAGUGCCUUCAACAUCAUCCUCGGCGUCGUCUUCGGCUUCGACAGCUCCUCGUACAUGGGGCAGAAGACGUUCUUCAGGAAGCUCGGUGAGGACUGGGAGUACUACGACAGCUUCAACGAGACCUCCGGCGGUUAUCUGCAUUACGAGGUGUGA